CGGAAGAUGAAUGAAUGAAUAAAUGCUCGCGGGCAUUAGACGUGGCUUUGGCCUGAGCACAAAAACAAAGAAUGCUUUUGGUAUCAUUCCAUAUCGGCGGCUUCCACAUGCUUCCAUAUUUUUGUAGUCAACCCCCCCCCCACCCGCGCCCCACAUUAGUUUGGUAACAAAUGUGAGAACACUGUCAAAUAAAAUGUAAAAAAAGCAGAGUGUGUGCAGCAGUUGUCCCGUGGGAGCAGACAAAGGGAAAGGAGGGGGGGGAGGGUCCAGGGGGCGGGGAAGUGGACCCGGUCCCAGCCCAGUCAAAGUACAAAAGUGUGAGUGCGUGCGCGAGAGUGAGAGAGAGAGCGAACGACACAAAAGAGAAGUGGGCAGCAGCAACCGCCGCUCCUCGCUGAGAUUACUUGAAACCUGCCGGAGUAGAAAAAACAAUAACACGAGCGCAGUGACUUGCUGCCAUUUUUUUUUUUCUUUUUGAGGGAAGUGGCGGACGAGGACACAAGACGCACACAAGCCUCGAUUUGGGUUCUCUCCGUUCUCAUCUUGAGGGAUAUGCCAGCCUUCCCUUUGUGCGACUUCCCAGCCUCGAGGCGCGCGGUGGGGGGCAGGAAGGGGGACAGCGGCUCCCCGCCCCCCACGGCUCUCUUCACUCCUAGCUAACUCCUGGACGUCCGCUUUGAUGGGCAUCGCGUUGGAUGGAAGUCCAGAGGUUUGAAUCCUCGGAACCGGGGUGUUCUGCCCACUUUGUCCUUUUUUAAAAAAAAAAAAAAUUACCGUUAAGACUGCAGCACAAUGCAUGUUGCGUAAUACUUGGGAACUACCUCCAGGGCUGGCAAAUUUGGAAUCCUCGGGAACCGACGCUGUAAAAUUUGGCACCUGGCCAGCCUUCUUUGGUUCCAGUCUCCGGGACCACCUCGGAAACUCUUUCACCCGGGAUAUCGUCAGAACCGAGCAUCGGCGAUGUAACCCAUAACGGCGGCGCCGGUACCCCGUGAUCAAAAAGACCUUGUGGACUAAUUUGCUCAACGUAGUCUCUGGUUUCCAUGGAAACGGCGACGUUAAACGCCGCCCCGCCGCCGGGAUGGGGCAACGUCUCGGCGGGCAACUGGAGCUGCAGCAAGAACGACGGCUUCAAGUACCCGCUGUACAGCACGGUGUUCAGCGUGGUGUUCGUGGUGGGCCUGAUCACCAACGCGGUGGCCAUCUACAUCUUCACCUGCUCGCUCAAGCUGCGCAACGAGACCACCACGUACAUGAUGAACCUGGUGGCGUCCGAUCUGCUCUUCGUCUUCACGCUGCCGCUGCGCGUCUUCUACUUCAUCAACGGCAGCUGGCCCUUCGGCAGCGUGCUGUGCAAGGUGUCCGUGUCGCUCUUCUACACCAACAUGUACGGCAGCAUCCUCUUCCUGACGUGCAUCAGCGUGGAUCGCUUCCUGGCCAUCGUGCACCCCUUCCGCUCGCGGACGCUGCGCACCCAGCGCAACGCCAAGCUGGUGUGCGCCGCCGUGUGGGCCCUGGUGCUGUCGGGCAGCCUGCCCACGGGCUUCCUGUUGGACACCACGUCGCGGCAGCGCGCCAACGCCACCGCCACCGCCACUUUUUGCUUCGAGAACUUCUCCUCCAGCCAGUGGAAGUCGCACCUGUCCAAGGUGGUCAUCUUCAUCGAGACGGUGGGCUUCGUCAUCCCGCUGCUGCUCAACGUGGGCUGCUCGGUCAGGGUGCUGCAGACUCUGCGCCGCCCCCACAAGGUGAGCAGGGGCGGCGGCGGCGGCAAGCUGAACAAGACCAAGAUCCUCCGCAUGAUCGCCGUGCACCUCACCACCUUCUGCUUCUGCUUCAUCCCUUACAACGUCAACCUGGUCUUCUACUCGCUGGUGCGCACCAAGACGCUGAAGGGCUGCUUGGCCGAGUCGGUGGUGCGCACCAUCUACCCGGUGGCGCUGUGCAUCGCCGUCUCCAACUGCUGCUUUGACCCCAUCGUCUACUACUUCACCUCGGAGACCAUCCAGAACUCCAUCAAGAGAAAGUCGCCGGCGGGGCGGACGUGCGACGGCAAGUUCUCCGAGGCGCUCCGCUCGGACUCCGGCUCCGACUUGCAGUGCAGCUUGAGGAACCUCAAAGCCAAGAUGCUGCACGAGUCCUCGGUGUGACGCUUCUCUUUGACCCUCGACGAGUUCUCAAAUCCAGCAUCCAAUCCAAAGGGAAACCCGCCGCUGUGGAUUUUUGAGGCCCUCUGCACCCUUCUGCUGUGGAUUUUGCUGACGUGUGGCCGGCUGGAAGGGAGUCGGAACACUUUUGGACUUUAGCGGACACUUUUUUUUUAGGUACACCUGCACGUGUUAUCACAUCACAUCAAAGAAUCUGUUUGGUCAAUUCCGUUCCAAUUCCAAAAACUGGAAAUGAAGCGCGCUUUGUUUGGCUGACGUUUUAAAUAAGGCGUGUAUGCGUGCUUGUGUAUAAAAUUCAUUCAUUCAUUCAUCUUCCGAACCGCUUGAUCCUCACUAGGGUCGCGGGGGGUGCUGGAGCCGAUCCCAGCUGUCUCCGGGCAGUAGGCGGGGGACACCCUGAAUCGGUUGCCAGCCAAUCGCAGGGCACACAGAGACGAACAACCAUUCACACUCACACCUAGGGACAAUUUAGAGUGUCCAAUCAGCCUGCCACGCAUGUUUUUGGAAUGUGGGAGGAAACCGGAGCACCCGGAGAAAACCCACGCAGGCCCGGGGAGAACAUGCAAACUCCACACAGGGAGGCCGGAGCUGGAAUCGAACCCGGUACCUCUGCACUGUGAAGCCAAUGUGCUAACCACUGGACUACCGGGCCGCCCUGUGUAUAAAAUGAGUGUGUAAAUGUUUU